AUUUACUCCGUUUCAUCCUCCCUGUCAGUCGAGUUAUUCGCCUCUCUUUCCCUCCUCUCCUAGACUUGUGCUUUCUCCGGAGAGCCGUCCGUUGGAGGCAGGACUGAGGGCUGAUUGUGGAUUGCUGAGCCCGAGUCUGAUUGAGGUGUCAUGUGGGGUGACCGCCUGCUCUGAGGUGACAGGAAAUCACACGCAUCUACGGAGCUUAGCUCUCAACAGUUGACUCCAGGGGGAGGGAUGAAAAAACCCCAGCCGCUCGGAAAUCAGGAGCAUCUUGCCUUCAGUCAGAGCAGAAGUAUGACUGGAAGACACCCCCACAACUGAAGACAGGAUGCAGCAGUGGAACUCUACAGGUUCAGGGGAUCUUCUGGGGAACAGAAGUGACGCUGGGCUGAGCAAUGUGGAGCAGGUCCUUGUCCCGAUAUUAGACACACUGAUUCUGGUGCUAGGAGUCAGCGGGCACACCAUGGUGAUGGUGAUCCUGUGUGGGAGACGGAGAAGAGGGUUGGGGCGUAUUGGUCAUUCUCCUCAGAGCUCCAUGACGGGAACAGGAACCGAUGCCCUCCUGCUGGCUCUGAGCGCCUCAGACCUGCUUUUGCUCUCCAUGCUUCCCUUCCACACCGCUGCCAUCGCCAUGCAGCACUGGCCGUUCGGGGACAUCAUGUGUCGCCUGCUGGGCUUCUUGGGAUCGGCCUGUUCCUCGGCCAGCGUCUUCACGUUGGCCGCGCUGGCUGUGUCUCGCUAUCUGACCGUGGUGCACCCUAACACAGCCUACGGCCUCCUGUCCCCUCGUCGGGUGUCGAUAGCGGCCGUGCUCCUCUGGGUCCCGGCCUGCUGCCUGGCAGCUCCUCAGCUGGUUUUUCGCUCUGUGGGAAACCCUCGUAAAGCCCCUGAUGGUUUUGCUUGUUUUGCUUUCCAGUCCGACAGAGACCAGCUGAUCUACGGAUUGUCUCACUUCCUCAUGGCCUUCUUGCUUCCACUAGUCACCAUUGCAGUGGCAUACCUCAGGAUCUACAUAUUCUUGUGGGGGAGUCGGCGUGCAGGCACGGCCCCCCAAGUAGAGCGGUACCAGAGCAAAGUGACGCAGACGUCAGCCAUGUUGGUGCUGGCUUUUACCCUGUGCUGGCUGCCAUCCUAUGGCCUGAUGCUAGCCUUACUGGUGGCUGACAGCUCAGGCGCCACAGGUGCCUCACCACGCUACGGCGGCAUCAGCGUGUUCGCACGCGUCAUGGCGACCUCCUCUACAGUGAUGAACCCCAUCCUCUAUGUACUGAUGUCCCAAAAGUUCAGAGAAGACUUAAUGAGGCUGUUCAAGAGGGAAAGGCAGAAAGCCAAUGUGGCUGUGGCUAUGAAUGCUGCCUGACAACCACAUAACUGAACAGUUGACACAAACACUGAGCAAAGACUACUGGGAGUUGCAAUAAAACCAUUACAAGCUGAAUUGCUUUGCUGACACUCGUGAAAAAAUUGUAUAAAACCAUAACUCUCACGAGGAAAGUCUCUUUAACAAGGCAGAACAACGGCACUCACACAACAGGGGACAACAUUCAACGUCUCUGCCUCUUAACUACAUUACACUGCAAGUCUGGAUAUUGUACGAGAGGAUCAAACCGUGCUGGGAGGUGCAGCUCUGCAGGGACAGCGGGACAAACAAUCCUGAAACAUGCAUUCCUUGUGAAACAGUUUAAACAAAAAGUGUCUUUGGUAAACAUUAACGCUGCACCUGUGUUUUGUUCUACUGAGAUAAGGUGAAUGAAAGAGGUAACAUCUGUUGGCCUGUUUAUGUUUUAUUAAUAUUAUUUGCUCUGUUCUCACAGGACAUUACAAGGCCAUUUCUUUUGUUUCUAGUUUGGUUAAAACAUCAGAAUAAAAGCUUCCUGGAGUAUUUUGGGGAGAUCCAGCUGUUAACUCCUCCCGGAUGAUUUCUCACCGUGGGGUUUGAUAUUUUCAACUAAGGUUUUUUUCACUCAGAAAAGUGGAGUUUGCCAAGCCGACAGGCCCGUUAUGACU